AUGACGAAACGCUCUCGUAACGCGUUCACCGCCAAGGAGAAAUUGCACUGGCUGGCCAUGUUGGAGUCACAGCCUGACCUUAGCAUCCGUGGCUUGGCGAAGCUCGCCAAGGUGCAGCCCAAGCAAAUCCGCGAGUGGAGGCGACUCAAGGAGCGUCUCGAGGCGGAAGUGGAGGUGCUGGAGGAUGUGCUGGACGAGGGGGAGGACGGGGUGAACCCCAACCCGUUCUACGAAGACCCCUCGCACGCCCCUGAGCCCGCCGCUACCAAGGACGAUGAGGCAGAGGACGAGGAGGAAGGGCUUGCAGGGGAGGAGGAUGUGGUGGAUGCUGCUGCCGAGGAAGGGGAUGUGAUGGCUCCGGAGGAGGAGGGGGAUGAGGCAGAUGCAGAGAUGGGAGGUGCGGACGAGUGGAGUGAGGAUGGAGACGACUGGUGGGCAGCAGGCCGCUAUGAGGGAGAGGAAGUGGAGGAGUGGGUUGCAGGCGAGGAUGACAAACAGCAGCCGCCGUCCAUGUGCCCACUUGAUAUCAUGAUACCGCCCGGGCUGCCGCCCAUCCUGGAACCCCCCUGCCAGCCUGGCACCGCCCCCUCCACUCGGCCCCACACUGCCGCUCAAAUCAGCCAAAUGCAGGGCAUGCGUCCAAUGCGGUUACCAUGCCCGCAUGGGCCUGGGGGCGGCCCGAGGGAGAUGGGAAGCCAAGCAGAGCUGGGGGCGGGAGGAGGAGAGGAGGAGUAUGGGGGGAAAGAGCAGGGAGGGGGAGAGGAGGAGUAUGGGGGGAAAGAGCAGGGAGGAGGAGAGGAGGAUUAUGGGGGGAAAGAGCAGGGAGGGGGAGAGGAGGAGUAUGGGGGGAAAGAGCAGGGAGGAGGAGAGGAGGAGUAUGGGGGGAAAGAGCAGGGAGGAGGAGAGGAGGAGUAUGGGGGGAAAGAGCAGGGAGGGGGAGAGGAGGAGUAUGGGGGGAAAGAGCAGGGAGGGGGAGAGGAGGAGUAUGGGGGGAAAGAGCAGGGAGGGGGAGAGGAGGAGUAUUGGGGGAAAGAGCAGGGAGGGGGAGAGGAGGAGUAUGGGGGGAAAGAGCAGGGAGGGGGAGAGGAGGAGUAUGGGGGGAAAGAGCAGGGAGGGGGAGAGGAGGAGUAUGGGGGGAAAGAGCAGGGAGGGGGAGAGGAGGAGUAUGGGGGGAAAGAGCAGGGAGGAGGAAAGGAGGAGUAUGGGGGGAAAGAGCAGGGAGGAGGAGAGGAGGAGUAUGGGGGGAAAGAGCAGGGAGGGGGAGAGGAGGAGUAUGGGGGGAAAGAGCAGGGAGGGGGAGAGGAGGAGUAUGGGGGGAAAGAGCAGGGAGGGGGAGAGGAGGAGUAUGGGGGGAAAGAGCAGGGAGGAGGAGAGGAGGAGUAUGGGGGGAAAGAGCAGGGAGGGGGAGAGGAGGAGUAUGGGGGGAAAGAGCAGGGAGGGGGAGAGGAGGAGUAUGGGGGGAAAGAGCAGGGAGGGGGAGAGGAGGAGUAUGGGGGGAAAGAGCAGGGAGGAGGAGAGGAGAAGUAUGGGGAGAAAGAGCAGGGAGGAGGAGAGGAGGAGUAUGGGGGGAAAGAGCAGGGAGGGGGAGAGGAGGAGUAUGGGGGGAAAGAGCAGGGAGGGGGAGAGGAGGAGUAUGGGGGGAAAGAGCAGGGAGGGGGAGAGGAGGAGUAUGGGGGGAAAGAGCAGGGAGGAGGAGAGGAGGACUAUGGGGGGAAAGAGCAGGGAGGGGGAGAGGAGGAGUAUUGGGGGAAAGAGCAGGGAGGGGGAGAGGAGGAGUAUGGGGGGAAAGAGCAGGGAGGGGGAGAGGAGGAGUAUGGGGGGAAAGAGCAGGGAGGGGGAGAGGAGGAGUAUGGGGGGAAAGAGCAGGGAGGGGGAGAGGAGGAGUAUGGGGGGAAAGAGCAGGGAGGAGGAAAGGAGGAGUAUGGGGGGAAAGAGCAGGGAGGAGGAGAGGAGGAGUAUGGGGGGAAAGAGCAGGGAGGGGGAGAGGAGGAGUAUGGGGGGAAAGAGCAGGGAGGGGGAGAGGAGGAGUAUGGGGGGAAAGAGCAGGGAGGGGGAGAGGAGGAGUAUGGGGGGAAAGAGCAGGGAGGAGGAGAGGAGGAGUAUGGGGGGAAAGAGCAGGGAGGGGGAGAGGAGGAGUAUGGGGGGAAAGAGCAGGGAGGGGGAGAGGAGGAGUAUGGGGGGAAAGAGCAGGGAGGGGGAGAGGAGGAGUAUGGGGGGAAAGAGCAGGGAGGAGGAGAGGAGGAGUAUGGGGAGAAAGAGCAGGGAGGAGGAGAGGAGGAGUAUGGGGGGAAAGAGCAGGGAGGGGGAGAGGAGGAGUAUGGGGGGAAAGAGCAGGGAGGGGGAGAGGAGGAGUAUGGGGGGAAAGAGCAGGGAGGGGGAGAGGAGGAGUAUGGGGGGAAAGAGCAGGGAGGAGGAGAGGAGGACUAUGGGGGGAAAGAGCAGGGAGGGGGAGAGGAGGAGUAUGGGGGGAAAGAGCAGGGAGGAGGAGAGGAGGAGUAUGGGGGGAAAGAGCAGGGAGGAGGAGAGGAGGAGUAUGGGGGGAAAGAGCAGGGAGGAGGAGAGGAGGAGUAUGGGGGGAAAGAGCAGGGAGUGGGAGAGGAGGAGUAUGGGGGGAAAGAGCAGGGAGGGGGAGAGGAGGAGUAUGGGGGGAAAGAGCAGGGAGGGGGAGAGGAGGAGUAUGGGGGGAAAGAGCAGGGAGGGGGAGAGGAGGAGUAUGGGGGGAAAGAGCAGGGAGGGGGAGAGGAGGAGUAUGGGGGGAAAGAGCAGGGAGGAGGAGAGGAGGACUAUGGGGGGAAAGAGCAGGGAGGGGGAGAGGAGGAGUAUGGGGGGAAAGAGCAGGGAGGAGGAGAGGAGGAGUAUGGGGGGAAAGAGCAGGGAGGAGGAGAGGAGGAGUAUGGGGGGAAAGAGCAGGGAGGAGGAGAGGAGGAGUAUGGGGGGAAAGAGCAGGGAGUGGGAGAGGAGGAGUAUGGGGGGAAAGAGCAGGGAGGGGGAGAGGAGGAGUAUGGGGGGAAAGAGCAGGGAGGGGGAGAGGAGGAGUAUGGGGGGAAACAGCAGGGAGGGGGAGAGCAGGGAGGAAGUGGGAAGAGAGAGGAUAGUGAUAAGGGGGAACCAUUUCGUGGGCAAUUAGUGGGUGAAUAA